GGGAGGAGCGAAGCGGAGGCUCCGCCCCCUCCGACAUGGCGCAGGCGGCGGCCGAGCACGACGGCGUCAACCUGGGCCUGAAGCAGGACAAGUUGCAUCCAAGAAAUCUAAUUCCAGACCUCUGUAGACAGUUCUAUCAAUUAGGCUGGGUCACAGGAACUGGGGGAGGAAUCAGCUUGAAACAUGGUGAUGACAUCUAUAUUGCUCCAUCAGGAGUGCAGAAGGAAAGAAUUCAGCCAGAAGAUCUAUUUGUUUGUGACAUAGAAGAACGGGACAUUAGUGUGCCUCUACCACACAAGAAACUAAAGAAAAGCCAAUGCACCCCUCUCUUUAUGAAUGCCUACACUUUAAGAGGAGCAAGUGCUGUAAUCCAUACUCAUUCCAAAGCUGCUGUUAUGGCCACUCUUCUCUAUCCAGGAAGUGAGUUUAAAAUCACCCAUCAGGAGAUGAUAAAAGGAAUCAAGAAAUGCAGUUCAGAAGGCUAUUACAGGUAUGAUGAUAUGCUAGUUGUCCCCAUCAUUGAAAAUACACCAGAAGAGAAAGAUCUCAAAGAACGAAUGGCACGUGCAAUGGAGAAAUACCCAGACUCCUGUGCUGUAUUGGUCAGGCGUCAUGGAGUUUAUGUAUGGGGAGAAACUUGGGAAAAAGCCAAAACAAUGUGUGAAUGCUACGAUUACUUGUUCGAUAUUGCAGUGCAGAUGAAGCAGCAUGGACUAGACCCAACAAAACUUCCAACAAAAGAACAUGGGAUCAUAUAAACCACCACAACACAAUACUAUAACAAACCAUAUAUAUAUAUAUAUAUGCAGAAAGCAAUGUGAAAAAAAGUUAGAACUGAAUACAGAACCGUGAAACAUGCUGUGCACAUCAGAUCCAUGCCACCCCACCUUAUCUAAUACAGUUGUGUUAUGUCUUUUAAAGCUGAAGGGUAAUAAGUGUUACCAAAAACAGCAAGUGGAGGAAACCCCAGUCAUACAAACUGAGCCAGUAAGCUUUGUGCCUAUUUCAGGAUGAGGGCUCUGGUUUCUCUCCCUUUUUUUUUUUACGGCUUUAUAAGUUGAAUGAGUGGAAAUUAAUGCCUUUUCAUUAUUGGUUUUGAAUGUGUAAAUGAUAAGAUGAUGAUUUUUGCAGCGUGGCAAGUUUGUGAGGCAUAUUUCUUCCAGUGUGCUGCAAAUAAGUAUUGAUAAUAUUUUAAUACAGUUUUUAUGAAUUAUUUUUAAUUACUUUUGUUUCACUUACUAAACUGGAUGCUGGUUUGAUCGAGCAACUUCUUUUUUGAAAAGUAAUAAAAAAGGUAGUAAAAAUGA